CCUGACACUGACAUCCACGUGACCUAGCGGUGCGCGCGGGUGGGCGGGGAAAAAUGGCGGCGCCCUUGCUGGUGGCGUGCAUGCAACGGGGUUUGUAUAGGACAUCUGUAUCAUGUACAUUUAAAAGAAGUUUGCAGAACAGUGCUGUUCUCUGUGCAGGCCAAGAUUGGAGAAAACAGCAUGGUUUUGCUCGCAGUGAUUCAGAGUAUGGACCCUUGACAGACCUUCCAGACUGGAGCUUUGUAGAUGGACGUCCAGCCCCACUGUGGAAAGGCCAGAUCAGGAGAAUAGAGGAAAACAAGGCUUUGGCUAGCCGUGUUGUUGUUCUUAGCAAUGAAAUAGAUGAAGGAAUGAAGAAGUGGUCCGAAAAGCAAGAGGAUCUCAACCAUCAAAAACUUUUGAAACAGAAGACCAAACUGAAGUCUAAGGCGUUAUUUAAUAAAGCACCAAGCUGUAAAUAAA